UGUCGACAUAGCAGCGCAUAAUCUGACAGAAGUUCACAAGCCUGCACACGUGCGCCGGCGACAGAGAGGUGUUUGCCGCGGGGCAAAUUAAAUAUAACAAAUCUUUAGAUGAAUCAACUGAAGUGAUUGACAGCCGUUGUAGAUCGAUACUAUUUGACAGGUAGGGGCGUUGACAGUCAAGCACUACCUUGACAUCUUUCCCGCCUGUUUUAGUAGGUUGAUAAUUGUCGUCUCUUAAAAAAAGCAAGCAUUGGCGCGAGUAUCAUUGCGGAGCAGACACGCGCGUACGUGCGAGGUGAGAUCCAUUCAGCGUGGAUGCAGUCUCGGCAGCACCAGAGCUUCCUAAUUUCUUCAUGGCAGGAGGACUCCACAAUGUCUGCCUAGCAUGGCUGGACCUCCUGAUAACCCAGCGACCGAGGGACCGUUAUGGCUUUUAGCCGCACCUGCAAAGUGGAUCCCCUGUCCCGUGGCAUCUUUAGGAAGUCAGUGGUCAUGUUGUGCUCGCUGCUUACCUCCCUGUUCCUCCUCUACUGUGUCACUGACCGAUGCAGCACCCUGCCCGCCACGGUGAAAACCUCCACACAAGUUGGGGGUUUAUUCUCUGAUGAACUGCACGAUUUAAGAUCGCUGAGGAGAAAAAGACUCCUGCAAAAAUGGAACACCCUGCCAGAGACGGUGAGUCACAUCGCAGCCAAAGGACCAUCGCACUUCACUGGCGAUGACAACGCGAGUCCGGUGUACUAUGGACCUCUAAAGUUGGGUGACGAUGGGGAGCCGGUGGAGGCUUUACUCCUGCCACCUUUGGAUGUACUUUCUCCGAGGAGAGUGUCGCCGAGGUUCGCAGGAGCAGGUCAGCUCAGUCCUUUGGGAGAAGGGACAAAGAAACUGCCCCAGGCGCUCAUUAUAGGUGUCAAGAAAGGAGGCACACGCGCGCUGCUGGAGUUUCUCCGCGUGCACCCGGACAUCCGGGCCGUGGGAGCGGAACCGCACUUCUUCGACCGCAACUAUGAGAACGGACUCGAGUGGUACAGAGAGCUGAUGCCCAAGACCCUGGAGGGCCAGAUCACCAUGGAGAAGACCCCCAGCUACUUUGUGACCCGAGAGGCCCCGGCCCGGAUCUCCGCCAUGUCCCGGGACACCAAGCUGAUCGUGGUGGUGCGGGACCCCGUCACCAGGGCCAUCUCCGACUACACCCAGACCCUGUCCAAGAAGCCCGACAUCCCGUCCUUCGAGAGCCUCACCUUCAAGAACAGAACCACGGGCCUCAUCGACACCUCGUGGAGCGCCAUCCAGAUAGGGAUCUACGCCAAGCACCUGGACAACUGGCUGCAGUACUUCCCCAUGGGCCAGAUCCUGUUUGUGAGCGGCGAGCGACUCAUCAGCGACCCGGCCGGGGAGCUGGGCCGCGUGCAGGACUUCCUGGGACUCAAGAGGAUCAUCACGGACAAACACUUUUACUUCAACCAGACCAAGGGCUUCCCCUGUCUGAAGAAGGCCGAGGGCAGCAGUAAGCCGCACUGCCUGGGGAAAACCAAAGGACGGACCCACCCCAACAUUAACCCUGAGGUGGUGCAGAGGCUACGGGACUUCUACCGGCCCUUCAACAUGAAGUUCUACCAGAUGACCGGACACAACUUUGGAUGGGAUUGAUGCGGAAAAUCACAGACAGUCGUGUUGUUGUUUUUUUGGAGUUAUUAUUGUUUUUUUUCCCCAUUGUAAUUGAAUGGCAAGACGUGGAGCUAUUGCUAUAUAUAUGUAAAAUGUACAGAAAUCUAUUUUAUAAUAAUUUAUUUUUAUUUCUAAGCAAUUAAUUCACUAAGCUGCCUAACCAUAUUUGUACAUAGCAUCUGGCCCGUUGUUGUUUUCUCUUUUUUUUUUUUUUUUUACAUUCCUCAUUUUUGAUUUUUGAUUCCUCAUGCUCAGUUUCCCUCUUGGUCCAUGUGUUAACUCGGUGGAGUUUUCGGUGCUUCGUAAUGCAGAUAAUAUGUGCUGACUGAAGUCAAAAAUAGGUGAAUAAUGUAGAAGCACCGUGUUACGGGUACGGCGUGCUCUCGCAGGGCCACGGGAGAACACCCAUCGAAGUGCAUCUUGAUGUAUAAAUGCAUAAUCACUUUACCCAUUUCUCCACCCCCCCUUCCCUUCUGAGUGCUGUUCUCAAACGGUCCCUCCUCUCAGCCAUGCGCAUUCUUGGCUUUGAAACAAGAACUCGCAACCAAUUUCCUUGGUCCCCGGCAUCGGACAAAGUAGCUGAUCUAAUGCUCUUUCCCACUCAAUAACAGGUCGAUCAAUACGCCGCGAUCGAUCCUCGUUUUGUCAUUCAUGCUUAAAGUACACGGCCGGCCUUUUAUUCACUGUGUUCCCGCCGUCUCCUCCAAUCAGCAGCCCAUCCAUCCAAGGCUAACUCGUAUCCCGUUAGCCACGUACUGCUACCGUGUUAACGCUAUGCUAAUCUGCAAGGUAACAGUGCGGAUCGAUGGGGGCCUCUGCCCCUCUGAGUCCCCCCCCCCCCAGUAAGAAGCACUGCUGUGUUUCUCCAGGCCUUGGCUCUGUCGGGGACUGUUCACACAGUCCACAAGUCAUGCCACCUCUCAAUCAGAGUUGAUGUUCUCGAAGACUACGCCGAAUUAGGAAGCAGAGUUUCAGAUCGAUAAAAUGAGGUCGGGCACAGACAGAGAGAAAGAUCCGGUUGGCUGAAGCACCGUCAGAACAGAGUCAUUUACCGGGCCCCCCGCUCAGAUCUCAGACAAGGUAUCAAAAGGAAGUCUUCAGGGUUGCCAUGCCGACCUACCAAGUGUCAUUACCAUACAAGAAACACACCGUUUAUUCAUCAGCUUCUUUCCAUGGUCCACCUAGUUUGGUUUGUUCACCUUCACACGCAUCGUUACACCAUCCCAACCUCUCCACUUGUUGCCAAAAAAAUAUGCCAUGCUUCACACACAGUUGAGUAUCUUCACCAACCCCCCCCCUCUUUUACAACCCCUGCAUCGCUUCUUUCUCAUCGUCUUUUUACUUGAAUUCUUGAUAUGCAAGAGGGAAAAAGUAGGUAGUGGUCCUCUACCUUGUCCGUCUCCAUCUCCUGUCCAGCGAGAGGAUCCCCCCCCCCCCCACGAGCGACGUGCUAUCUUGUACCGUGGCUGUUAUGUUGCUAUGCAUGCUGAACGUGGCGACCAUGACAGAGAAGCAGGGCUCACACACGGGCAAGGGGAUCAUGUGAUCAACAAGGAGCCCAGACUGAAUGUACACAUUUUCCACGGUUUCUAUAAAAGAAAAGUCAAUUUCCUCAGCUUAAUAAGGUAUUCCUUUGGUUUCUGUAGAGAGGUCAUUUCGAAGCCGACCCUCAAUUGGAAUAAUAGUAAUUGCGUGCCUCUUCAACCGUUAUACGUGCAACACGUGUAUUUGCCGAGAGCCUGUCGCCAAGGACAGAUCAUUUGAAUGUUUUCGGUGGAUCUGAGUUGUGCACAAUGCCUUGCGGAGCCAAUGCCUCGAGUUAGCAGAGGGUAAAUGAGGAAGAUGGAGCCUUGGCUCACCGUAGCUUUACUUUAAGUUACUCUAUUCUACUUCAAAAUUGUAGCUUUCAUUCUGCGUUAAAGAGAUUUUAUCUCGCAGUCAGAACGUCCGGUAAAGUGAACAUUGAUCUUCCCCGUCGUCUAUCCUUCCGUGCAAUGAUGGAUUCAAACAUAUAUAUAUAUAUAUAUCAGAAAAAGCAUUUAAUAUUGGACCCUCACAGCAAGCUCACUCUGCUUUAACUCUGCUCCAGUUUCUUCUCGCUGAGUGAUGCAUUCGAAUGGUGGUGGAGUUAGGUUGACCGAGGCAAUAUCUCGACAGAAAGAAACAGAAAAGAGCAGAGAAAUAGAUGAUGCACUCGUGGUGUUCUCAUCCAUGCUGCUGCAUUGCUUAUGGUUGAGUUUUAUUCAACCCCCAUCUCAAGAUCUACAAAUGUUAGUGAUGUUUGUCCUAUCCUCAUAUAAUAUGGUAUUUAGUCUAGCAGAUCUGUAUGUGUAAAAAUGAAGAAGACAUGUAAAUCAAGUAUUUUGUGGUAUGUACAUCAAAGGAAUUAAUUUUACACGAUGCAAAAGCAAAAUGGAACAGAUGUUUCUAGAUGAUUAAAUACUGAACAUUCAUAAUAUUUCUUUUUAUGGAGAAAUAAAUAAAAAGUCUAUAUUUUACCAAAAACAA